UUAGAACAGCCUCGCACAAUCCAUUGCACAUAUCAUAUAUUGAUAAUACAAGUCAACAAAAUAUUUUUAAAUAAAACAUAAACAUCCAAGAGGCUAUAUAAAUCUAUGCUUUCCUCAGAUUCUAUCAUCAUCUCGAUCACGUUUUCCAUUUCAACAAUGGCUUCGUUUACUCAUUUCGUUCUCUUCUGCUCUCUUCUCUUCCCCAUUCUCAUCACCCCCACCAUAGCUGAAAUACCAUCGUUCCGCCCCAAGGCACUACUUCUCCCAGUAACCAAAGACGCUUCCACCAAGCAAUACCUCACCCAAAUAAACCAAAGGACCCCUCUAGUCCCAGUCAAACUCACCGUAAAUCUCGGCGGUGAAUUCCUUUGGGUGGACUGCGAAAAGGGUUAUGUCUCUUCAACCUACAAGCCGGCUCGAUGCCGCUCGGCUCAGUGCAACCUCGCCGGAUCCAAGUCGUGUGGUGAGUGCUUUGACGGACCAAAACCAGGCUGCAACAACAACACUUGCGGUCUCUUCCCUUACAACCCUUUCAUUCGUACAAGCACAAGCGGCGAAUUAGCCCAAGACAUUAUCUCAAUCCAAUCCACAAACGGGUCCAAUCCCAGUAAAGUGGUUUCCUUCCCAAACGUUAUCUUCACCUGUGGCUCCACAUUUCUCUUAGAGGGCCUUGCUUCUGGAGUCACCGGAAUCGCUGGCCUUGGAAGGAAGAAGAUUGCUCUUCCUUCGCAGUUUGCUGCUGCUUUAAGCUUUAAAAGAAAGUUCGCCCUGUGUUUAAGCUCUUCGACGAGAGCCACCGGCGUCGUAUUUUUCGGUGACGGACCCUAUAUCAUGCUUCCUAAUAAGGAUGUGUCUCAAAAUCUUAUCUACACACCGCUCAUUCUCAACCCGGUUAGCACUGCCGGUGCUUCUUUCGAAGGUGAACCGUCUGCGGACUAUUUCAUCGGAGUAAAGGGGAUCAAGGUCAACGGCGAGGACGUUAAGCUAAACACUUCGUUGCUAUCCAUUGCCAAAGAUGGCACUGGUGGAACGAAAAUUAGUACUACUCAGCCAUAUACGUCUUUGGAAACUUCCAUAUACAAAGCUGUUAUCGGUGCUUUCGACAAAGCGGUGGCCAAAGUCCCGAGAGUUACGGCUGUGGCGCCUUUCGAGCUAUGCUUCAACUCGACUAGCUUCAGCAGCACCCGAGUGGGGCCUGGCGUACCUCAGAUCGAUUUGGUGUUGCCGAACAACAAAGCGUGGACCAUUUUCGGUGCCAACUCGAUGGUUCAGGUUAGUGAUGAUGUGUUGUGCCUUGGAUUCGUUGACGGUGGUCCACUUCACUUUGUUGACUGGGGUAUUCCGUUCACCCCAACUGCUAUUGUGAUUGGAGGGCAUCAAAUUGAGGACAACCUGCUUCAGUUUGAUUUGGGUUCUUCAACGCUUGGUUUCAGUUCAUCUCUUUUGUUUAGGCAAACAACUUGCUCAAACUUCAACUUCACAUCUAUUGCUUAAAUGGGAAAUGAGUAUACUCAUACAAGUAUGAUCGAUUUGUAUUGAGUUGCAGCUGCUUUUCUGAAUUAUAUUGUUGUUGAUAAGAGUCUAUAUACUGCUUUUACAUGAGCAUUAAUAAGUGUAAUAUUGUACACGUUAAACUUGGCUGUUGGCUAGUUGUAAUAAUAUUUAAUUGAGUGUGUGCAAAAUAGUAUUUCGUUAGAUUUCGCAGAAAAAGGCUUACACAAAAGUUUUCUGCAUAUAUUGAAAGAUUCGAUAUGUUUUUACAAUUUCAACCAAAUAGAUUCGUUUUAUAAAUAUAAUAUUAAUUUGCCUCC